AAUUACUUAUUUAUCGAUAAAAACAAGUUUAUACAGUAAAAUACAGUAUUUAGCUAAUGUGCGGCCGACUCAGCUCGCUGAUUACGGCCGGUGGCAUGAUGAACGUGCAGGGCCUACGAUUACUAAACCAGGGAUGGCUGAUAAUAAGAUCAAAGGGUGCCUGCCUUCAGCAUUCCUCUGCAUCAUGUCGCCCCAUCAACAAGUUGCUGAUAGCCAAUCGUGGUGAGAUUGCCUGCCGUGUGGUGCGUACUGCUCGUAGAAUGGGUGUGCGCACAGUUGCCGUGUAUUCUGAUCCUGACAAAGAAGCCAUGCAUGUUGCUAUGGCAGAUGAAGCUUACCACAUUGGUGCUGCAGCAUCCCAAGAAUCUUAUCUUCGUGGAGACAAAAUCCUUGAUGUUGUAAAACGAAGUGGAGCUCAAGCAGUUCACCCUGGCUAUGGCUUCUUGUCAGAGAAUGUGGAAUUUGCAGAACAGUGUGCAAGGGAAGGUGUAGUUUUUGUUGGCCCACCUGCUGCUGCAAUCAGGGACAUGGGAAUCAAGAGUACAUCUAAGAAGAUUAUGUCAGAGGCAUCAGUUCCAGUGAUUGUUGGUUACCAUGGUGAAGAUCAGAAUGAUGUGCGGUUACGUCAAGAAGCUGAAAAAAUUGGUUUUCCAGUAAUGAUAAAGGCAGUGCGAGGUGGUGGUGGCAAGGGAAUGCGCAUUGCCAUGAAACCAGAAGAAUUUGAUGCACAACUUGAAUCUGCUAGACGUGAAGCUACAAAAUCCUUUGGUGAUGAUGUAAUGUUAAUAGAAAAAUUUGUGGAACGACCAAGACAUGUGGAAGUCCAGGUUUUUGGAGACCAUCAUGGUAAUUAUGUCUACUUGUUUGAGAGGGAUUGUUCCGUUCAGCGCCGCCACCAGAAAAUUAUUGAAGAAGCACCAGCUCCUGGCCUGACAUGGGAAGUUCGCCGUUCAUUGGGAGAAGCUGCCGUACGUGCUGCACGUGCUGUAGGUUAUGUUGGUGCAGGAACUGUGGAAUUUAUACUGGAUUCUUCUCAUAAUUUCUACUUCAUGGAGAUGAACACCCGCCUGCAAGUGGAACACCCAAUCUCCGAGAUGAUUACCAACACGGAUCUGGUAGAAUGGCAGCUCAGGGUUGCAUCAGGGGAACCUCUGCCUCUAACACAAGAUGAAAUUAAGCUCUCAGGACACAGCUUUGAAGCAAGGAUAUAUGCUGAGGAUCCUAAGGGUGAUUUCCUUCCUGGAGCAGGCCCCCUUAUCCACCUCUCUACCCCACACCCUAAUCAGCAUGUGAGGAUUGAUACAGGUGUGAGACAAGGGGAUGAAGUGUCAGUACAUUAUGACCCAAUGAUAGCCAAGCUUGUGGUGUGGGGCCAUGACCGCAUUCAUGCUCUCAAUUCUCUUACUACUUGUCUAGCUGACUACAAUAUUGUGGGUUUGAAUACCAAUGUUGAUUUCCUCAUUAGUCUUGCUUCACAUCCAAGCUUUGUAGCAGGAGAUGUAACCACUGAUUUCAUCCAAGAGCACUAUAACACAUUGUUUCCUGACAGGAAACCCUCACAUGAGUUGUUUUGCCAGUGUGCCUUGGCUUUAAUACUGGAGGAGGAACAGGAAGGAGUGCGUGCUGUAGCUGCUACACAGGAUCCCACUUCACCUUUUAGGCCUGGAGCAACUCCAAGGAUCAACCAUCAACUUUCACGUAUCAUAAAUCUCAAAUGUGAAGGAACAGAUACAAGUGUCCAGGUUUAUUACCUAGGGUCAGGAAAGUACCACAUGACUGUGGGCACAGCAAGCUUUGAUGUGAGUGGAUCCCUCGUAUGCAACAACAAUGUCCGCCAGCUGUCUGCAUCUAUUGAUGGGUGUAUAUCCUAUUCCCAUAUUGUGAUGGAGGAUAAGGACAUUCAUGUAUUCACAGAGACUGGUGGGUGGAAGAUGUCCAUUCCAGCACCUAAGUUUGAAAAAGAAAUAGGAAAAGCUGGCAGUGUGACUGGUGGAGCAGUUGCCCCAAUGCCAGGUAUAAUUGAGAAGGUGUUUGUCAACCCAGGACAAACUGUGGAGGCUGGUGAUCCUCUAGUGGUUAUGAUAGCUAUGAAGAUGGAGUAUGUGAUCAAGGCUGCCAGCUCAGGUAUUGUGGAAAAGGUCCUCUUCAGUCAAGGUGACACUGUAGCAAAGAACACACCUCUUGUCAAGAUGAAGGAGGCUGAGGAGCAUUGAGCUAUUCCAUUUUAAUAUUAUAUCAACACUUAUUCAUGGUUCUUAGGGUUAGACUGUACAGCAAUGAAAGAUUGAAAAUUAGCAAAAAUGUUUCACACCAGAAGACCUGAUAUAAUUUAUUAUAUGAAGAUGUAAGUAAAAUUAGAUACUGUAUUCCUUAAAAAAAAAAUUAAAAAAAUGCAAAAAAAUAGAUUUUUAUUUACUAUUAAUUUCUUCACUGUACAAGUGUGUUUCAGAAAUAAAUUUAAUAAUUCUGGGGGUAUUUGUGAGGUCAGACAUACAUAAGGAUAAAUGACUACAUGACCAACACACGUAUUUCCAAAACACCCUGUAAAAGUUUCUCAUGUGGUUAUCUCCAGUGUAAUAUAAAACAAAGAUUGUAUUACACUUGCUAUAGCCAUUAGCCAAUGGCCAUAUAAUUUUUUUUUAUCUAAGAUGUAUUAUGCCUUGAAUUAUUUAUUAUAAUACAGUAGUUUUAUAGAUUAAGGUGCAUCAGGAUGGAUUGUAGAUAUAGCUGGUAACUAUGUACAUAAAUAGGGUACUUA